AUGAAAAGACGUCAACGUCGUACCCAUAUUCAUCCACCAUUGCGAGUUCCAAGGCAGAACACUGGCUUUGGCAUACCUCUACAGUCCAAUGUAGCUCCGAUGGGUCGAGAAUUCAAGCCACUUCCGCCAGUACACACCGGAGAUCCCUCUCGAACGGAUAAGAAUUUCAAUUGGGGACAGAGCGAUGAGGAAGGAUAUACUGGCGGUAAUGAACCAGCCAACGCGUAUUAUGCUAAUCCUGGGUUGUUUCCCGGACGGUAUGUUUUGACUUUGUCCCCGAAGGUUGCAUUUUUGUCCAGCUUUGACGUGUUCUGGAAUAAAGGGACGAUACCCAACCAAUACAAUGAUGAUGCUAAUCCUUACGCAUGUUCUGAUUUUUACAUUAGUCUUUCAUCACCAUGA